AUAACAUGAAGCCUUCAUACGUCUCUGAAUGCCUGAUCAUCUAUGUUCCAAAUCAUGUGCUAAUUAUCUCUAGUGUUCCAUGUAGGAAACAUUAAAAAGAGUGAAAAAAAGGAUUUUGUUUGUGCAGAUGUGGAAGAUGUGGAACGUUAUCAUUGAAUAUUUGACAGAACAUAUUUAUUAAUUUCAGCUUUUAACUAGUUUUUAGUUUAUUUUCCUUACUUUUACUGGCACAUUACAUUUACCUUUAUGUUUAUAUUAUUUGAAUUAUUGCACUUGUAGUCUUUUUUUUCACAUUUUUAUAAUAAUUUUAUCAUUUAUAUAAUUCGUAUAACAUAUAACUUAGUUUUCUCUUUUUUCUGUGAAAUUAAUUAAUUGAUUGAUUGAAUGAUUUCAGUGUUAUAUUUUAUUACUAGUUCUUAUAGCUAUCAGCCUGUUUGACUGGUCAUUUGAAUCGAAUGAGUUUAAUGAAAACCUCGUUAACUCAAUAAAAGUACAACGUGCACCUAUUGUGUUCAGGAAUAAAACACGCCAUCGUUCCAACAAAUUACUGUGGCACACAUUUGAAUAAUAAUCUUUUUCUGUUGAUGAUCUCUCUGUGUCUGGACGGUGUCAUUAGUCUUGUUUGAAUCGUCUUAAUAUGCACGGCAUGGUAGAAUUUGAGUUGCUUAUGCAAACUGAAUGUAGCAUGCAAUAGGUCAAGAGAGAUGCUACAUCACGUACUGGUGGACGGUGUUAUUUUUAAAUAUAUUGCAUCUUUGAAAUAUUGGCAAUGAAAUAUUUUCAAUUCAAUUUGUCAUAGAAAUUUCCACUUCCCACUGGAUUACAUGUAAAAGAUGCCUUGAUGGUUGGAAAAUUGUGAAUAAAGUGUGGAAGCAACUUAACUGUUGUUCUGAUAAUGUUUGUUGUUAGCUGCGAAAGAAAUGUGACGUGACGACAGUUCAAAACCAAAGGCCGAAUUAACAGAAAAAUAGGAAGUCAGGAAAAAUAGUAAUUGAGGCGAUCUGAAUGAUCUGAGGAUACAAGAAAUGUUGGAAGGCAUUAUGAAGUUUAUCAGGGGGUACAAACUUCUAACAUCAUUUAUUUUUUCCCUCUUAUUAUGGAUCUUAAAAUCCCACCUCCCGUGUGUGUGGAGGUUGUAUGUUCUCCCCGUGUUUCAUGGGUUUCCUCCCCCAGUCCAAAGACAUGUGUUGUACUCUGGUUGGCAUUUCCAAAUCGUCCAUAUUGUUCUUGAUUGUGUGUGCGAUUGUGCCCUGCGAUGGGUUAGCACCCCAUCCAGGGUGUCCCCCACCUUCUGCCCCAACUCCCCAAGGAUAGGCCCCAUGCACCAUUUGACCAUUUUUUGUUACCUGUAAUAAUGAAUGAACCUCCAUGAAACCUAACUCUAAAUAUCUUCUUAAAGUAAAUUGCUUUAAAGUCUUUUUCAGUUUGUCCAAAGGGUGUGCAAACUUUUGCACUCUGAGGAACUAAGUCUCUAUGAUGUAUUAUCGUGCUUGAUUAUCAUAUCCAUUAACCACUACUUUUUUUAAAACUAUAGAUAUAUAUAUUUGAGUGAAAGCCUCAUGAGAUGGAGGGUCAAGAGAAUCAUAUCCGCAUUCACAUGAUUGAGGACGUGGGCCAUGUGAAUGGGACGUCUAGACAAAGAGUCAUCACCAAAGAUCCGGUUGCACGGCAGCACGGAGCCACUGUGAGCUUCCACAACAUCCAGUACAGUGUAACGAUAAAGAGUAGCUCCUGUAAGAAGAGCGUCACUAAGGACAUCUUGGUGGACCUGAACGGAAUUAUGAAACCUGGUUUAAAUGCCAUUUUAGGCCCUAGUGGAAGUGGCAAAUCUUCGUUUUUGGAUGUGCUUGCAGCAAGGAAGGACCCCUUGGGUCUUUCUGGUGAAGUCCUGAUCGAUGGAGCUCCACAGCCAUCCAAUUUCAAAUGUCUCUCGGGCUACGUUGUACAGGAUGACGUGGUGAUGGGCACUCUGACCGUGCGAGAGAAUCUGUGUUUCUCGGCUGCCCUUCGUCUUUCAUCUGCUAUAAAAAUGAAAGAAAAGGAGGACAGAGUUAAUCGUCUCAUUUCCGACUUAGGCCUCAGUAAAGUGGCAGACAGAAGGGUGGGCACUGAGCUGAUUCGCGGCAUCUCUGGAGGUGAACGAAAGAGGACCAGCAUUGGCAUGGAGAUGAUCAUUGACCCCUCUGUACUGUUCCUGGAUGAACCCACUACAGGCCUGGAUGCCAGCACCGCCAACUCUGUUCUACUGCUGCUUAAACGAAUGGCCAAUAAUGGACAUACUAUUAUCAUGUCCAUCCACCAGCCACGCUACUCCAUCUACCAGCUCUUUGACAACCUCACACUGCUGGUCAGCGGCAAACAAGUCUACCAUGGACCGGCCCACCAUGCACUGGACUACUUUGCCAACAUUGGUUAUGAAUGUGAAACCCAUAACAACCCAGCAGAUUUCUUCCUGGAUGUCAUUAAUGGAGACUCCAUAGCUGUGUCUAUGGCCAAGCUGCAGACUGCAGAAGAUAUAGAACUUGAGGAGCCUGGAAGCACAAGGCAGAGCAUUAAAGAGCAUCUGGUGGAGGAAUACAAGAAAAGCAGCUAUGCUCAGGAAACCAAGGCUGAACUGGAGCGUAUCAUGAGGGGCAAAGAGUACAGCACCAAACCCAAGUCCCGCACCAUCACCUACAACUGCGGUUUCUUCCACCAGCUAAACUGGGUCGUGAAGAGAAGUUUCCGGAACCUGAUACUGAACCCUCAGUCUUCCGUUUCACAGUUUGCAGUGACCACCUUCUUGGCAUUCACUAUUGGCACCGUUUUCUUUGGAGUGAAAUACGACCAAAGAGGCAUACAGAACAGGUUCGGGGCUCUGUUCUUUAUCGUGGCAAAUCAGUGUUUCAGUACACUGUCAGCUGCUGAGCUUUUCAUCACUGAGAGGAAGCUCUUUAUACAUGAGUACACCAGCGGCUACUACAGCGUAUCUGUAUACUUCCUGUCUAAGGUCCUGUCUGACAUAAUCACUCUGCGCACGAUUCCUGUUGUAGUCUUCACCUGUAUCAGCUACUUUAUGAUUGGAUUCAAGCUCACACCAGCAGCAUUCUUCAUAUUCCUGUUCACAGUGAUUCUAUUGGUGCACACUGCCACAGCUAUGACCAUAGCCGUCUCUGUUGGUCAGUCUGUUGUGGCUGUCGCAACCAUCCUCCAGAACCUGGUCUUUGUCUUUAUGAUGAUCUUUUCUGGUCUGCUGGUGAAUCUGGAAAGCGUCAUGGCCUGGCUCGUCUGGCUUAAGUACUUGAGCAUCCUGCAUUACGGACUCACGGCUUUGGAGAUCAUAGAGUUUGUGGGACUGAAAUUCUGUGGCAAUCUCUCUGAUGAACUAAUAUCCAACACCACUCAGGGAAUCAUCUGCACAGGUGAGCAACAUCUCCAGGCCCAAGGAAUCAACUAUUCUACAUGGGGAUUAUGGCGGAACCAUAUGGCCCUGAUAAUUAUGACCAUCAUAUUCCUCAUCAUCGCCUACAUCAAGCUGAGGUUCAUGCGCAAGUUCUCCUGAGUGCUGAGAUGCCUGUUCUGUUGAAUUGUCUUUCCUGCAGAUUCGCUGCGUUCUUUUCUUUUCGGCGGGAUUUUUGAAGAUUUCAGGAGUAACAAGAACACUUAGAGUUCCCAUGUUGAGGCCUACAGCUUGAAAGGUUCUGCAUUUGGUCAAAUUGCCACAAGUUGAUUGUAAUGAUGAAGGAUAUUUAUUCUAAAUGACGUAACGACACGUAAAUAAUACCAUGUGGCCAGUUGUCUACACAGUUAGCA